AUGUCUAAAAGGAAGAUCGUGAUAGAAUCGGACAGUGAUUCGGAUAGCGAUGAUAACUUCGAUGAGCAAUUAAAGUUGCUGACCAAGCGUAAACGUGCUGACUCUGAUGCAUCAACCCCAGCACCAGCUGCCCCAGCCACUGAACAGAAUGAAUCUUCAGCCACAUCAGAAAGUGAUGAUGAGUGGACAAUGGAUGGUAAAGGCAGUAACAAAAAGAAGGUGAAGACACCCAAAAAGAAUAACCGAAAAUCAGUAGCCAUAUCAUCUGAGAGUGAAGAGGAAAGUGAAAGAAGUGCUUCAGAACCUGAAGAAGGUGAGGUAUCAGAUUCUGAUCAUAGUUCAAGUGAAAUGUCGGGUUCUGAAUCUGAUGACAAAUUCUUUGAUGGUUAUGAUGAAGAUCUUAUUGGAGAUGAAGAGGAUCGUAAACGAUUAGAACAAAUGACAGAAAAAGAAAGAGAACAGGAACUGUACAACAGAAGUGAACGACGAGCAGUUCUCAAAACAAGGUUUGAAAUUGAGAAAAAAUUGCGGCAAGCCAAAAAGAAAGAUCAGAAAGAGAAGAAAAAGGCUUCUUCUGACCCAGUUGCCACCAGACAAGUCGCCACCCCAAGCCAGCGAAGUAAAGAGCGACGGAAAAACAUUGAAGACAAGAAGGAUAGCAAGAUGUCAGCCUUUAAGAACUUAAAGGCUAGAAGAGAAGAAAAAAAGACAAAAGAAAUUGCUAUCAAAGAGCAACAGAAGAAGAAAAUGCCAGUAAACAGUAUUUACUCGGAUGACGACGAUGAUGACGAUGAUGAAGAAGGACGUGAGAGUACUGAACGAAAAACUGAGAAAGAGGAUAAAAGUGAAAGGAAAGUCUCUUCCUCAUCCUCUUCCUCAUCAUCAAGUGAUGACCGAUCAUCAGCCUCAUCAGAUUCAGAAGAAGAUAGUUCCUCCUCUCGGCAGAAAGUCACAGUUUAUGCUACAAAAGAAGAUAUUUCCCGAAUUCGUCUCUCUCGAAACAAAAUGGAAAGGUGGUGUCACAUGCCAUUCUUUAAGAACACUGUUAUAGGUUGCUUUGUUCGGAUUGGAAUUGGGAAUCAUGAAGGCCGACCAGUCUAUAGAGUAGCAGAGAUUAUUGAAGUUGUAGAAACUGCCAAAAUUUACCAACUUGGUUCAACAAAGACAAAUAAAGGCAUUCGUCUACGGCAAGUAGAAAAGAAGACAUUAUUUUGA